ACCCAUCUUCCCCUAUCAUGCGCUCUCAUUGUGAAUAUGGGCACCUAUCGAUUUGGACUUAUCAUGCCGACGACCUGGAAUGGGUCUUUGUUGACAGUUGGAAGUUAUUCCUAUGGAGGGGGGAUAAACUGGAAGGAUAUGUGGACGGGUCCGAAGUACUACAACUUGGCGACUUUAUCAACUGAUACGGGCCACAACUCCACGCAGGCUGACAUGAGCUGGGCGAAAAAUAACGAGGUGGCACAAAACGACUGGGGUUAUAUCUCGAUAGAUGGUUCAACACGAGCAGCGAAGACUCUUCUGGGUGUGUAUUACGGCGAAGGUUCGCUCAAGCACUCCUACUUCAGCGGAUGUUCUACGGGUGGUCGACAAGGGUUAAAGCAGCUCGAAUUAGACCAAAGCCUGUUCGAUGGGUUGCUGAUCGGUGCGCCGGCCUGGAAUCAGACGCACAUGUUACCGUGGAUCACGAAACUUGCUACAAUCAAUCCGCCCGGCGCUGCAUCCUCGGUUUUCAACAACGGCACCGACGUCGUCCUUAUUUCCAGGCAAGUCCGAGAGGUAUGCGAUAUCCUCGAUGGGGUCAGGGAUUCUAUCGUCAGCCGACCAGACCUGUGUAACAUUACAAGGGUGGCGCAGAACAAUUUGACUUGCGGGGCUGUGGGCGCUCCUUCGGACGGAUGCCUCAGACCGGCACAGAUCGACACUUUGAUCCAGCUCUACCAGAAUUACACAAUCUCCAAUAGCACUGGAAGAUUUUUGGGGUUUCCUGCACCUGAGUUGGGGUCGGAUGCUGAUUACCAGACCUAUCUUGGUCCCUUUGUCACCGUGGCACCGGAUGGCUUUGAUUGGCAGUGGGAGGUCGACUUCCUGGGCUACCCACGAGGCUUUACAUUUUCUGACCACAUCAUUGAAGAUGCAGAGAAGGCUGAUCCAGGGCGUGCAACGGCAAAACCGAAAUCAACCGAUUGGAACGCCUUCAAUCAGCGUGGUGGGAAAGUGAUCAUGUACCACGGUCUGGCGGAUGGACUGAUACCAACCAAGAGCACGACACAGUAUUGGGAAGAUGUUAACGCUGCUAGCUCGGGAGCGACUGCAAACUUUGCAAGAUAUUAUCAGAUCCCAGGAAUGCACCACUGCGGUAGAUCGGACUAUGACGACAUCGGGUACUUCGCACCAUGGUAUAUUGGCGGUAUAGGCCAACAGUCCCUAGCUACCAUCCCGCAGACCGAAUCUGUUCUGAGAAACAGUGAAUUCGACAUUUUAACGUCUUUGAUGAAUUGGGUAGAGGAGAACAGCGCCCCAACUUCUAUUGUCGCGACAACUUGGCAGGGCACAACGACGACUGUUCGCCGCCAGCGCCCCGUCUGCCCAUACCCUCAACAAGCUGUGAACACUAAUUCGAACAACAUCGACAAACCAAGUAGCUGGGAGUGU